AUGGCCGACGACGAGAUUCAGAGACUGCACCAGCUUUUGGAGAACGAGAAACGACGUCGGCAAGAAGCGGAGCAGGCUCAACGGGAAGCGGAGCAGGCUCAACGGGAAGCGGAGCAGGCUCAACGGGAAGCGGAGCAGGCUCAAUGGGCAUUAGAAGAACAAAUACGGCCCUUAACACUCUUUGAAUAUCUUGAUGCCUGCCACACUUAUCUCUUUGGGGGUCUUGUCCCUGGCAAACCCGACCAUUCAACCAAAGGGAAUGCUGACAAUGCUAAUGGUAAACUUUGUCCUCAUCGCAUCCGCGAAUGGCUUCCGUUUGCCGAUGCACAGACGAAAAUAUGGGCCCGGUUGCUGAAUGAUGAGAAUGAAGGUUUCAUUAUGCAGCGCAAAUUUGACUCCUUACAUGCAAUUAUGGCUAUGGGAAAGAAAACAAGAAAAAACAUUCACUCAGAAAUCGACCUUCGCUAUUUUCAACGGGAUGCCAUCACAGCGCCCGUAGGGUCGGUAAUAGAGGUCUUCUUUGAGAAUGAGCAGCUCCGACAGUUAUUUGGGCUUCAGGGACAAAUCAUCUUUGAAAACCACGCAAAUACACUUAUCAACAGUGAGAAUGUCAAAAUUCCUGCCUUGAUUGGUGAACUCAAGCCACCACACAAGCUCCCACUGGCAAUUAUUCAAAAUGGACUUCAAGAAAUGGAGCUUGCUGGGAUAGUCGAGCGUCAUCAUGAUGAGACAGAGGAAGUUCGGCAUCGUCGUUUGGUUGCUGCAGUCAUCACCCAGGCAUUCUCUUACAUGAUCAAAGCCGGCGUUGAAUACAGGUAUGUGAGCACUGGUGAAGCAUUUAUUUUCCUUCACUUCAAAGCCGAUGAACCAGGGAUGGUAUAUUAUUAUCUUUCAGUCCCCGAGCAAGAUGUGGGCAAGGAAACUGGAUUUACCGGAGAGGCUGAAGAUGAUGACAACAGGUUACAUAUGACAGCAGUUGGGCAGGUUCUUGCGUUUGCACUUCGAGCAAUAAGGACUACCCCACAUGAUCAAAAAUGGAAAGACUGGGCCGCGAGUCAGUUGAAUAUGUGGGUGGUUACAGAGGAAGAUUUAUAUUUUCCAACGCCAGAAAAGGAUGAGAAGCCUCCAACACCUUACAGGCCACUGAAAAGUGCUCAGAUCUUUGCCAGGAAUAGCCCUGUCCGCACCCGAUCGAAUGCCGCCCGGUCAACGUGCAAACCAACAUCUUUAUCGCAGAAGAGCAGUGGGGACGAUAGCGAGUCUGACCCUGAUUCUCCUAGCCAAAGACCUCGCCGUCCUGCGGAUGUCAUGGUUGUGAUUCCUCCGCCACCUAGCCGGGUAUCGUCCUACAAGGGGCCUGUUUGUAAGGAUGGAACUCGGCGAUAUUGCACGCAAAAAUGCUUGCUAGGUCUCUUGAAUGGUGGGCCGCUGGAUAUGGCCUGUCCAAAUGCCAAAGAGCAUGGAACAGAAGUCCAUAAGAUCGACCACCCCACUUUCCUCUCCCUUCUCAUGGCACAGAUACUACAAGAAAUAGUAGAUCCUUGGACCCAGCCUCUGGGUUGUGAAUCGCUGCAUAGACACAGUGCUCGUGGCACUGAAGUCUUAAAAUGUGAAGUUGCAGAUGUUCAAAUUGUGUCUGCUGCAUCUGAGGCAUUGCAGGCCAUUCAUGCGCUGGGUGUACUACACCAUGAUGCGGAAACAAGAAAUAUGUUUUGGAGUGUGGAAGGUCAGAGUGUGCUGGUAAUUGAUUUUGAAAGAGCGGAGAUACUUCGCCCUGAAAGAGAGCCUUUAGGAAACACAUCACCGAACCAGAAGAGAAAGAGGAGGGUCGAAAAUAUGGGUGGAGAAACAAAGCUGGAUGUGAGACAUAAGCAGCUUGACGCUAAAUUUGAGAGAGAGCUGAAGGCGAUGGUGCGGUCCUUGAAUACAUAUCUCAAGUCAUGA